AUGGCUAAAAAAGUCUAUCUAUACGGCAACACAAUCCUGACACCGCAGCAAGGCAAGGGACCUUGGCAUCACGAAGCUGGCAACGAGGAUCAGCGAACUGAAGCGGAAGGGUGUGCCGAUCUGCUCCGAGUGGGUGACGGUAACGAACCGAUACGGAGAGCAGAACAAAGUGAAACAUUAUCGAUUGGAGUGAACACGCAAUGA